ACGUCAUUUCUCCAUGUACUGUGCGCCAUUUUGGAAGAAAAAAAAAAUCACGGAUAAUUUCCGUGGUCUUGACAGAUCUGGACCCGAGUCUUCACACUGAUUGUGGAUGCUAUCUGUUUCCCCGAGCAAGCCGCAUUGGUUGAUUAGGUAUUGGAAGCCGUGUACAGCAAGAGCUGCUACAUGAAGCAAUGGCGGGAGUUGCAGGAGGAAAUGAUUUUCAGUGGUGUUUCUCACAAGUGAAAGGAGCGAUAGAUGAAGAUGUUGCGGAAGCUGACAUAAUCUCAACAGUUGAGUUCAACUAUUCCGGAGAAUUGCUCGCAACUGGGGAUAAAGGAGGCAGAGUAGUGAUAUUUCAACAUGAACAGGAGUCUAAGAAUCGUCCACACCUGCGCGGGGAGUACAACGUCUAUAGCACUUUUCAGAGUCACGAGCCAGAAUUUGACUAUUUGAAAAGUUUAGAAAUCGAAGAAAAAAUUAAUAAAAUAAGAUGGCUACCCCAACAAAAUGCUGCUCACUUUCUACUUUCGACAAACGAUAAAACUAUCAAAUUGUGGAAAAUAAGUGAAAGAGAUAAACGAGCGGAAGGGUACAACCUGAAAGAUGAAGAUGGACGACUCAGAGACCCCUUUAGAAUCACCUCUUUACGGGUACCAGUACUGAUGCCAAUGGAUCUCAUGGUAGAAGCAAGCCCACGGAGGAUCUUUGCAAAUGCGCACACCUAUCACAUUAAUUCCAUUUCUGUAAAUAGUGAUCAUGAAACGUACCUCUCCGCAGAUGACCUAAGAAUAAAUCUAUGGCACUUGGAAAUCACAGACAGAAGUUUUAAUAUUGUAGACAUCAAGCCCGCCAACAUGGAGGAACUGACAGAAGUAAUCACAGCUGCUGAGUGCCAUCCACACCAAUGCAAUGUAUUUGUGUACAGCAGUAGCAAAGGCACCAUCCGCCUGUGUGACAUGCGAGCAGCAGCGCUCUGCGACAGGCACUCGAAGUUCUUUGAGGAGCCUGAGGAUCCAAGCAGCCGAUCCUUCUUCUCUGAGAUCAUCUCCUCCAUCUCGGACGUGAAGUUCAGUCACAGCGGACGCUACAUGAUGACACGUGACUACCUCUCCGUCAAAGUUUGGGACCUCAACAUGGAGAACAGGCCAGUCGAGACGUAUCAGGUCCAUGAAUACCUUCGCAGUAAACUCUGCUCCUUGUAUGAAAACGACUGCAUCUUUGACAAGUUCGAGUGCUGCUGGAACGGCAGUGACAGUGCCAUCAUGACCGGCUCCUACAACAACUUCUUCCGAAUGUUUGACCGCAACACCAGGCGGGACAUCACACUGGAGGCGUCCCGGGAGAGCAGCAAACCACGGGCUACGCUCAAACCACGCAAAGUGUCCACUGGCGGCAAAAGGAAGAAGGAUGAGAUCAGCGUGGACAGCCUGGACUUCAACAAGAAGAUCCUCCACACUGCCUGGCACCCCAAAGAUAACGUGAUAGCUGUGGCAGCCACCAACAACUUGUACAUUUUCCAGGACAAAAUCAACUAGAAGAUUUGGGGCUCCAGAGGAUAGGGCUUUUACCGUACCUGUGUAGUUAAGCCUACUACUUGUCUAUCUGUAUAAGAAGAAACAGCCUCGUUGUCCUCCUGGUGAAGAAUUCGAAAGCACGUGUCUACUUUUUUUGCCACAGGAGGUUGAUCUAUAGGCCUGUUUUAUUUUGAGUCUGAGCUUAGGUUGUUUUUGCCUUUGGCACCAGGGCAAUCAACAUGCCCCCCUGACCCAGAAAGCCCAAUUCGGGUCUAAUUGAUGGAAUGGCACUCCCUAGAGGUCAAACUCUUGAACGUUGGUGUUUGUGUUGACAUUUUAAGCCUUCAUUUCAUGAUUUAACGACAGAACUCUUGGAAGCCCUUAAAAUGACGUCUUGUCAAAGUUGUAUCAUCAUCUCAAAGAUUUUGGGCCCUCUGAAGCACGGAUUAAUGGCCAAUAAGCCACCAACUGUAACAUUCCCCCAUUGGCCAUGUAUUCAGGCCAAACUACUGGUGGAAGAGGCCGUGAAUUUGGAAAGUGGACCUGUUUCUUUUCUCCCCCUCCCCUCCUCUUACUUUACCCCAGUCAAUACGGUGACAUAAUUUCACUGACUGUAUCUACUCAAGUACACCUUGUCAUCCACAUAAUAAAAGAAACUAAAACUACA